UAAAGGCUGAGAGCGAGAAUAAUAACGUUAAAACCACGUUGUUUCAUGAUAUAGGUGUAAGUGGGUGAUUUAGGUUUUAAAAAAAAUGGGAAUAGAAGAAGAGUCAAAAACCAGUGAGGUGCAAGGUGAAAGUUCCUCUCAGGAAAAUUCAAAUAAUCCAGAAGAAAAUAAGAAUGUAGAAGAAGAUGUUAAAGAUACUGAAGCACAGAAAAAUCCUACAGAGUUAGAGUCAAAAAUUAUAAGACAAGUCGAGUAUUAUUUUGGAGACUUCAACCUUGUGAAAGAUCGUUUCCUUCAAGAGCAGAUCAAACAAGAUGAUGGUUGGAUUCCUCUUGAAACCAUGGUCAAGUUCAAUAGGUUAAAGAUUUUAUCUACUGAUUUUGAGGUUAUCAGAAAGGCCCUUGAAAAAUCCCCAACACAACUACUCCAGAUCAGUGAGGAUGGAAAUAAAAUUAGAAGAGAUCCAUCAAAACCUCUUCCAGAGAAAACUAAAUCCUAUCAGGAUGAAAUGAUGAGCAGAACAGCUUAUGCAAAAGGAUUUCCUAGAAACACACGUUUAGAUGACAUUUUGGAGUUUUUUGAGUCUUACGGUAAAGUGGAAAAUGUUGUUAUGAGAAGGUUUCCAAAUUCACCAUCAUUCCGAGGUUCUGUUUUUGCAACAUUUGAUAGAAAAGAAGAUGCUGAAAAAUUUGUAGCAGCUAAGGAUAUAAAGUUUAAGAACAUUUCAUUACUUAGACAAAUGAAUGUAGAUUACAAGAAAAGAAAAGAAACAGAGUACCAAGAAAGGCUGAAAAAAAAGGAAGAAAAGGAGAAGUUAAAGGAAAAUCAAGCAAGAGAGGAAGAAGAUGAUGAUAAUGAUAAUGAUCAGGAAUUUGAUGAGGAAGAAAUAGUUAAAGGCUGUGUUAUCAAGUUAAGUGGGUUAGCUAAAAAUAUUUCUCGCAUGGACAUCAAAGAAGUCUUUAACCCACAUGCCACAGUAGCCUAUGUUGAGUAUAAUAUUGAGGAUCCUGAGGCAUUUGUAAGAUUCGCAGAAGAAGGAGUUGCCACGUUUGCUGUAGAGAAGGUUUUGACUGGAGAAGGUGAUGACAAAAAAUUGGUCAUCUGUGACACUGAACUCAAGUAUGAGGUUUUAGAAGGGGAGGAAGAACAGCAGUACUGGAAGAGAUUUGCAAAGACCAGAGCUGCGUGGAAAAAGAACAUACAGAAAAACAACAGUUCUAGUAGAGGAAGAAGAGGUUUUGGAAGAAAAAGAGGUGGUGGUUCUGGUAGAAGAGGAAGGGGACCAAGAGGAGGAAGACAGUUUAAUCAGGAGGAUAGAAAUGGCAAAGAAGAAGCCAAAUUAAAAACAACAGAGCAGAAAUCUCCAAUUAAAACUGAAACAACAGAAACAUCAGAAGGUGAACCACCAGCUAAACGGUUAAGAGCUGAAAACAGUGAAACAUCAGUUGACUAAUUCUUUUUCUUUUUUGUCUAUAAUGACAAGCACUGUAUUUUUAAUACAGAAACUAUUAAAUGCUAAUGCCAUAGUGUAGUAAAAGUUUUCCUCAUGAUCAGAAUCAUUUUGUUUUUAUUGUGCAUUCCUUUUUUUUAUUCAUAGCAAAAUAAAGAAAUUCCUUAAAUGUGCCAAA